AUGUCCUCGAUACUCUCUCUGCUCGUCCUCUCGGGGCUUUUCGGCCUCGGCGCGCCGUUGGCUGCGGCCGUUAACGUAUCCGUACCGCUGUCGCUCCCCGGAAACUCACAACCAUUGUCGCCCACCCUUGUCUCCUUCUCAAUCGAACAAGACCGCUGGCCAGAAUGGGUCGGCAUCGACACCCGCAACGACUUCACGCAUGAUGCGCUCCUCCGCCUCGCUUCCUUCACCGGUGUUCCCCCAAAGAUCCGCGUCGGCGCCGACUCCGAAGAUCACACCUUCUGGUCGCCCACGAUGGCCGUGUCCGAGGCAGAGUUCUCUCCUCCGAGCACUAUCAUCCCCUACCCCGAGGCGACGAAGGUUACGGUGGGCGACAAGUACUACACUCUCUCGCACUGGCUACCCCGCGGGACGCACAUGACGUGGGGCGUCAACCUCGGGGCGGACAACGCGACGAACGCGGUGAACAUGGCCAAGGCGAUCGUCAGGGCGUUCAAGAGCACGGUCGUGAAGGCGUCGGGCGUCGUCCUGGACUAUAUCGAGGUUGGGAACGAGGCGGACCUGUUCAGCAGGAACGGGCUGCGGCCGAGCAACUGGACGGUGGAGGAGUACGUUCCGGAUUGGAUCGCGAUCGCGGGCGCGGCGGCCGACGCUGCGGGCAUCCGGGGCAAGCAUGGACCGGUGUCGCUGCAGGGCGCCGCUUUCGCGCAGCAGCAGUUCACGCCGCGCGCGAUCUACGACCUCGGGAUUCUGGACAGCAAGCCAGGGAAGGCAGUCUCCAUCAUCUCGCAGCAUCAGUACUCGGCUGCGUUCUGCAACGGCGGCGAUUUCCCGCUCACGUCGUUCAUGAGCAAGGCCCAUGUUCGAGGGAACCUGUCGCUUUUUAUACCUGACAUCGAGGCGACCCACGCUCGCGGUCUGCCGUACAUUCUCGGGGAGACCAACAGCAUCGCAUGCCAUGGCGCGCCCGGGGUCAGCAACACGGCCGGUGCCGCGCUGUGGGCGAUCGACUACACUCUCCAGGCGGCCACGCUGAGCAUCGCCGAGGUCUUCUACCACGAAGGCAUCGGCUACAAGUACAACUUCCUUCAGCCGGUCGCGCUCAACCGGUCCAUCGUCGACGGUUCCGCGCUCGACACGCCGCUCCCGCCGCACAUCCAGCCGAUCUUCUACGGGGCGAUGGCGGUUAAUGCCCUCAUCGGGCGCAGCGGGCACGCGCGCGUCGUCGAGCUCGACGUCGGCGACGACAACGUCGCGGGCUACGCCGCGUACGAGGAUGGCCGGCUCGUCCGCGCCGUGUUCGUCAACCUACACGCCUGGCUCGCGUCGUCCACCGGGGCGCGCCCGAGCGUCCACAUCGACCUCGGCGUCGGGCUCGGCGCGGGCGCGGUGGAGGACGCGUUCUGGCGCGGGGGCGGGAAGGCGCGCGCGAAGCGGCUCGUCGUCGGGCACGCGGACGACACGGAGGGCCUGACGUGGGCGGGGCAGAGCUACGAAAAGAGCGGGGACGUGUCGCCGACGGGGCGGAUGGUCGACGAGGAGGUCGUGCUGAGCAAGGGGUUGGAUUUGCGCUCGACGGAGGCGGUCUUGUUGCUGUUCUGA